UUACUGAAGAAACGUUUAAUACAAUGAAGCACGAAUGCUCAAAUUGCCAUGUUUGGAGUAAUUGUUACAGGAAACUUACUCCUAAACUGUAUGAUUAUGCAGCGGAAAGGAGAAUAAAAUUGGAUAAAAGCUGUUCCUACAUUUGUAAUACCUGCUAUUGCCGACUUUAUCGCAUUAUCAAGAAAGGAAACGAGCCAGCAGCUCCAAGUGCAGUUAAUAUAGAAUGUGAAAAUCAAGAACUCACCGUUUCUGAACCAUCGAAACUUGAUGAUCUCGCCGUUGCCGGACCAUCAGGCACCAAUAAUUUCGCCGUGGCGGGACCAUCUAGAGUGAACAAUUUCGCCGCACCAGCAAACAUCAAUAAUGGUGGUUUCGAAAUAAUCGAUCCCAAUGCCGCUGGAUCAUCGGAAAUUGACGCUGUUCCUAGUGUUGAAUCUUUGUUUUCUUUGGAAUCAACGAGUGCUGAAUCAAUUGGUAGCGCUGGUGCCCAGAAACCCGGAGACGGUCAGGAAAUUCUUCAACAAAUGAAGGCAAAAUUUGAUGAAAUAUCUGACAGAAACGAUCGAUAUAGGAUUCUAACUUCCCUUCCCAAAUCCUGGACUGCAUACAAAAUGAUGCAAGAAUUCGGUGUUUCGCAACGAACUGCUCAACGUGCAAAGAAAUUACAGAUUGAAAAGGUUUUAUGAGCACACCGGAGACCAGAGUAAAUAUGUUGUCUUUGAGCGAUGAUACUCUAACUGUAGUUAGGGACUUUUAUAAUAGUGACGAGAUAAGCAGAGCAUGUCCUGGGAAAAGGGAUUUCGUUAUUGAAAAUAUGGCAGGAGAAAAAG